AUGAGACAACUCAGUUACUUUUCCGAUCUCGACGGGAUUGGAUCUCAUGAUUCCAUGCCUUUCAAGGUCGCCUCUGAACCUUUGUUCACUGGCCCUUCAGAUCCUAUUCCUCCGUAUCAAGUCGAUUCGCUUACAAUACACGGAUCAAUUCCUAUUGGCAUCAAAAACGCAUAUGCUCACCGAAUGAUACCAGAAGGCUCUAACCAGGCAUGGUCGGCUCCUGAUUCACCAAACCAAGCCCAUUCUGGACUAAAUUCUAUUCCAACUCAUCCAUAUUCAAUGGAUCAUGCGAGCUUGUCUGCUAGUAGCUACGAGGACGAUCCUAGGACACAAGCAAACUUGCAGCAGGCUAUGGAAAGACGUCGAAGACGCAGAGAGUCUCAUAACGCAGUGGAAAGACGGAGACGUGACCAUAUCAACGAAUGCAUUCAGAAGAUUGGAUUUUUACUUCCGGAAGACACGCCAGAAGGAAAAUAUAAUAAAUCCAACAAAGGCUUGAUUUUGCAAAGUAGCAUCGAGUUCAUCAAAUCCCUGGAAGAUCAAAUAGCACAGUAUCAAUCGCAGGUUGCUCAACUUGAAGCUGAACUUCGAUUUUGCCGCAACGGUCACUAACCAUUGUGAAGGACCUUCCUGUUCCAAGACUGCGGAGCAUAUUAUACAGGAAACAGCAAGAAUGCGCGUACGAGCGCCAAACCGAGACUUGAGACUGUAAUGCCUUUUCCCUCGAAAUUACGACUGGUUAGAAGCUUGAUUUGCAUGUCACAUUGCUUUUGUGCUCUCC